AUGUCGUCGAUUAGCAUGUCUCAGCCGCAUUUCAAUGAAUCUAUACGGGAAGUCGAUAAAAGCUCCUGGUUAAUCUUAAUUACCUAUCUCUUUACUCGUUCGUCGUCGCCACCCCCUGAAGAAGUUCCAGCCGACCAGGUGGCAGAGAUUUGCAAUCGCCUAGCAGCAUGGAAGGGCGAUAUCAUUGGCGGUGUGGAUAGACGCCAGUUGUUGGAGCGUUAUCUCGUCAAAGGCAACACCAAGAUGACGGAUGCCCUUUCUCCACAGCAGCUUCUGAAGAACUGCACUGAGAUGGCUAUGGAUGUCUCCACACUCGUCUUUUAUCACUGUGAUCUUGGCCCUAAAAAUAUUCUUGUCGAUGUCUCGACAGGCUCGCUGGGCAUCAUUGAUUGGGAGCUUGCUGGUUAUGUUCCCAUCGAAUGGGUCAGAACAAAGUUUCGCCUCUCGGCAGGAAUGGAUUUCAGUCAUGAGAAUGAGGACUCUAAAAGGGACUGGCGCCGUAGCGUCGCCCAGCAUCUGGAGAAGAUGGGUUACGGACGAUGUUGUGGAUGCAUGGCUGAAGUUUCAGACAGCAAGUAG